UUUUCGUGCCUAGUAGACCGUCCACUAAUCCUGGAUUUUAAGUUCGUCAUGGGUCGUGCAUAAGUGCAUUCCGCCAAAAUUAACUAUGUCAAAAAGCGCAAGUAAAACGUUGCGCGCAAAAUCGGCAUGACGGAUUCGCGGUUAUUCUUAUAUUGUAUGCGAUUCGGCAAGUUGUCGGUCCGCGCGAGUGGAGGGUCUCGAAUGGCGCUCAUGUAUAAUUACCGGGAGUGCAAUGUUAACAAGUAGUCCAGCUGACUCUGACAAAAUGGUAGGGCACUCGCGUCCCACGGGAGGUGAUACAUUUUUACAUACGUAAUUGAAACGCCUCCGGUGACGGGGUACGAUGAGUACUGAUAACCAUGAUCAAUCGAAGCCCUGCGUCAGUAAGCUACCCGCAAGAAUCGAGCUUAACGCCGACGAAAGCGCGUUCGAUGGCAGGCGAAUCAAGAAGGAACGAACUGACGUUUCCCUCGAGAACGGUGAUGGCAGCAUUAAUGCCGGCGUUAACGAUAAUAACAAGCAAGUGCAACCGAGCCAGCGACCGGCUGCCGGUAGAUUUUCGAACGGUUUCCACGACGGCGACCUACUUCAAGAUAUCAUCGCGGCCAAGUUCACGGCCCUGGCGAAUCAUGGCACAGCUGCCAAGCACGAUAAAAUUCGGCUCAUGAUCGAAGAUAGCAUCAGUGAAGAAUCAAAAACACGCAUUCAGGAUAUCUUUUCACAAAUUGAACAACUCAAAAUAGAAGAAAAAUUAUUAUUGUACCUGAAACUUCCAUUAUCAUUGACUAAUACUGGGGGAACUGUUGAUCCUUUGAGACAACCAUUAAAUCCAUUAGGAAAUCGCUAUGAAAUUCAUCAAACUAUCAUGUGGAUUAAGACACAUUUGGAAGAAGAUCCUGAUGUCUCUUUACCAAAACAAGAAGUGUAUGAUGAAUAUAAUAUGUACUGUAUGCGGAAUUCUAUGAAACCCUUAUCAACCGCUGAUUUUGGAAAAGUGAUGAAGCAAGUAUAUCCACGAGUUCGACCACGCAGACUAGGCACACGGGGCAAUUCACGUUACUGUUAUGCUGGAAUGCGCAAAAGAGUUAAAUUGGAUCCUCCAACAUUGCCUAACAUAACAGGAACUCAAACUAGCGACGAUGUAGAUGAGAAUAUUACCAAUGAAAUGUUGGGAGCUGCAUCUACAUUGAUCAGAGAAUGGGCAGAAAGACUGUUGGGCUUGAAAUUUCCAACUUUGAGUGCCUUAGCACGUCAUCUUGUUGAUAAUAAUCUUUGUGUUGAUACUGGAUCUCUGGCUGCUGUAUGCAUAUUGUGUACUUCAGAAGAUUCUAAUACAUCGACAAAUAAAGAAUCAACUACAGAUUUGCGUGUAACACCUCUAACUGGAAAAUCUGGGAAACUCAGAGAAGCACAGUUACAAUUGCAACGAAAAUUACAGCAGCGAGAACACAUAAGGGAUCAAAAGCAUCGUCAUCUUGAUACUGUCAUGCAGAAUCAGAACAAAGAGAAGACUGUUGAAAAUAAAACUGGGGCAAACAAGGGAAAUAAGAAAACUAAAUCCAAUCAAUCAUCUCAAGGUACAAAUGUAUCGAGUGGGCAGAACACAUUAACUAAGUUCAGUUUAUCUGCUGUAGUGACCAGUCGGCAGAAGAAAGUUCUUAAAGCUAGUAGUCAGCCAUGUAACAUCCCCCUGGAAUCCAACUGUGAUAAUAUAGUGGUACAAUCGAUUGAAGACGUACAGAAUAAUAGCAACCCUAGUGUAGUGAUGACCAACUGCGUAAAUACACAGAGAGAUGUCAAACCUAAAAAUUCCAGAAAGCGUGCCAAUCCAAUUGUGUUGAAUCAGCCAUCAGAUACCAGCCCUGAGAAACAAACAAAACUUACAGAACAGCAAAUGCAAGAGAAUGUAGAGCAUUCCAAUGUGUUGUUGCCUAAGCUUACAUCUAUACAACGUCCCGAGAAAAUCUCGGUGAUACUAGCUGGUAAUUUGAAGCCUACCAAGUGCAAAGUAAACGAGGCUGUUAGUAACCAGCCUCCUAAAAACUGUGAUAUCGAAACAUCAACAUGUUCGAAAAGUUGCGUUAAAGUAAAUGGUUGCCCUAACAGUUUUGAUCCUAGUUUGAACACAACAGAAGAAUCUACAAUCUUAACAAAAGAUCAGAUUCGUUUAUUGCAAGAAAAUUCAAAUCUCAUAGGUAAAACUGAAAAGCUUUGUUCGAUCGAUUCAGACGCUUUAGAUGAUUAUUUAAAUGGAGGUAACAAUUCCCAAGAGCAGGAAGAGGAAUUAUUACAGUAUUUUCAACAAAGUAGCUCGUCGAGUUCGGAUAUGGAAGCCAACGCUAUUGCUAUUGAUGAACAAAUAUCAAGAUCUGAUAAAGUAUCGCAACUAAGACUAAUAUUGCAACAGAAUUUAAAAGCAGGAACUAUGCAUGCACCCGUUGAUAUACUACCCGCUGCUAUUAUCAGGCAGAACAUUGAAAAACGUGAAGUUACUCAAAAACAUAACUUGAUAUUACCAACGUUGUUAAAUCAUUCAAAUCAAAGUAAUACCAGGCGUAGGGUCAGUUUUGAAACAAAUGUUGUAGAACAUGUGCAAGAUACGAACGUUAUCGCUAACACGGUACCGCAAAGUCCAAAUACGCGUCGUAGAAUAUUUAAUUUUACACCAAUAUCGCCAGGUCCGCACUCGCCCAUUAAUGGUCGCGCUUCCAAAUCUAAUUCUGCGAAUGCUAGUCCAUUUGUUUCACCGCGAAAUACGCCUGUACCACGCUCGAGAAGUAAUUUACAAGCAAGUAGUUCUAGAGCACGUGCUCAUAAAUCAUUAUCACGUUCAAUAUCCUGCAGUAUGCCUUACACUAGUAAAAACGAUACUUUCGUCGUUCCAACAAGUGGUCCAGAAUUAAUUAGACAAGCAUCUACACCACAGUUACCAUUGAUUUCUACCAAAUCAUCAGAAGUGCAGGUUGGCAGCAAUACAACGCAAAUUUCUGUUACUUCCAAAAGAGAGGGACAGGGGCCACAGUGUGCCGCAUUUUUAACAUCUGAUUUAGCACCGCAGAAACAGUUGCUUAUUAACUAUCCGAGUCAGGAAAAUUUGCAAGAAAUAAAAAAUGUUUAUCAAAAGAAUCAACCUGAUCAGGAAAUCAGCGAAUUGUUUCAUGGCAAUAAACAAUUUACCAACGAACUCUACAGAUCACAAUCAGUCCCAUUGCAUAGAAUGGUAAAUCCUGCCUUAAUGUCGCCUAUUUCAACGCAACAUUGCCUAUCAACAUUUCAAAGUCCGAGUUUUAAUCCGUCUACAAGCAGUUCUAUAGCGCCUACGCCAGUACCUAGCGAGUUUAACGAUUUUGGAUCGAUUGGUCAAUCGGAAGGAACAUCAACGUAUUUACUCGACGAUGUUGAUCCAAAUUUUAUGUCGGACGAUCAGCAUUUCUUAAUGACCGAUAAAGAAAUUACACCUGAAAAUAUAACAAAUAUAUUAAAUAUUUUGGACGAAGAAGGAACACAGAGCUUACAAAUUUUACCAGAGCAACCUGCAGAAGAAGGCUUAAUAGAGAGCAAUGCUAUUGUAUUGGAUGCUUUACCAAAUUCGAACUUGAACUUAUCGGAGGAAGAUAUGUUGGACCCAUCGAAUGUACUUGAUAUUCCAGUAGGCGGAGCCCUGCAGAAAAUAAUACAAUCACGCUCUUAUCCUAAUACACCACUACCUGUGCCAGUAUCUACCUAUACACCAUCGUAUGCUGAAGAUAGCAAUGGAUCAAGAUCGUAUCCUUCAACGCCACUACAUACAGUUCAAUCGCAAGAAACCUAUCAGGAGACUAAUGAACCAAUGCUUUCAAGCCCUACUUUAAAUUCUUUAAACUUACAUAAUGAAACUGGAAAUGAAUCUGCUUCUGGCAGCUUGUGUAGGAAUGUUGUGGAUUUGCUCGAGGCGAAUUUCCUCGGAGAAACUGAUACAGAAACAAAUGAUUUGGACCCACUCGGUAAUUUUGAUGGAUUGCAAGAUGUUGAUUCAUUAACACCUUUGUUUAAUGAAGUGACAGAGCCUAAUCGUUGAAAGCAUACACAGAAGUAAUUCGUGGAUCUUAAAAUUUUGUAUAGUGAUCUACCAAAGGAUGGAAAAAGUAAUUCAAGUUGUAUGUUUAUAUGACUUCUUUCAACAAUGAUAAUACUUUGCAUAAGUAUUUUAUUUGAAUAUGCAAAGCAUUAAUAGUGGCAGUAUAAAACAAUGAUAAACAAGUUAGUUACUUGUGCUAAUAUCAAUCAAUUAAUGUCACAGUGAUCAAAUAAUGGUAUAUCAAUUUGAGC